AUGACAAUCCUUUCAAUGCAAUAUGCAUAUAAUUUUAAUUUAUCAUUAUCCAAAAUGACAUCCUUCAAUAUAUUUUNAUUAUCAUCAUUUAAUUACUAUUAAAUUGAUGAGAAUGAUUUGAAAAUAGCUGAAGAUCUAUGCAUUAAUGGUAAUAUAAAUAUUUAUUUCUUUUUUAGGUUAGAAAUUAUAUUGGGAUUAGAAGUAUAAUGAAGCUUUAGAAUAAUUAGACAAGUCAAUUUUAAUAAAUCCUAAUAAUGAAGAAUCUUAAUGUUAUAAAGGUUUAAAUAAUGAUUUAAUUUUAAUAGGUGCAUGCUUAAGGAGAUUAGAUAAAUACGAGGAUGCAAUCACUUGGUUGGAAAAAGCAUUAGUUAAUGAUCCAAUACAUUUUUAUUCCUUAUGCAAUAAAGGUAGAUUUCAUUCUUGUUUCAAUAGGUGUAUGUUUAAGAAUGUUAGAUAAAUACGAGAAUGCAAUCACUUGUUUGGACAGAGCACUAGCUAUUGAUCCCAAACAUGUUUAUUCCUUAUGGAAUAAAGGUAAAUUUGGUCAUCGUUUUAUUAUUAGGUGUAUGUUUAAAGAUGUUAGAUAAAUACGAGGAUGCAAUCAUUUGGUUGGACAAAGCACUAGCUAUUGAUCCCAAACAUGUUGAUUCCAUAAGUAUCAAAGGUAGAUUUCAAUCAUCCUUAUAUCAAAAGGUGUAUGUUUACGGAUGUUAGAUAAAUAUGAAGAUUCAAUCACUUGGUUGGACAAAGCACUAGCUUUUGAUCCAAAAGAUGUUUUUUUUUUAAGUGAAAAAGGUUGUUUCAUCAUCCUUAUAUUAAUAGGUUAAUGUUUAAGAUUAAUGAAGUAAUAUGAUAAAUCUGAGAAGAUUCUCCAUUAAGCACUAUCGCUCAAUCCUAACCACAUAUUUAGUCUUGAUAGCCUUGGUAUGUGUUGAUUAAUAUUCAGGAAUUUGCUUAUAAGAUUAGCAGAAAUAUUAAGAAGCUUUGAUAUAUUAUGAAAGAAGUUUAAAGGUUUAAUCAAACAAUUUAUGGACCAAAAAUUAAAAGGGUAUUUGUAUUUUUCAAUCUAGAAAUUUGUGAACAGAAAUUGAAAAAAUGA